UGUGACCACUGCAGUUUGGGGAAACAAGCGGAGUGGGCUUACUUGACUGUCAUAUCCAUUGAGUUGAUGCGCACGACGUGGCGGAAUGAUGUGAUGCAACACAAAAUUUCAUAUCCUUUUCUGCUUAACUGACCCUUUCGUAGGGUGGGCAGCGCAUUGGCGAUGGCUUCCUUUGUUCAUCGCCCUACUUUCUUGGGUUCUCAAAUAUGCCAAAUUCAGGUGUUGCCCAAGCGUCGUUACUCUGGAAAAAGUCGUACAUGUAGAGUUUUAAAUUCUAGUGCAACAGCCAUGUCAGGAACACCAGUUAGGUCAACAAGCAUUUUGGUGGUUGGGGCAACAGGUACAUUGGGUCGGCAAAUAGUAAGGAGAGCACUUGAUGAAGGGUAUGAUGUGAGGUGCUUGGUACGACCUCGACCAUCUCCUGCUGACUUUCUUCGCGAUUGGGGUGCAACAGUUGUUAAUGCAGACUUGAGCAAACCAGAGACGAUUCCAGCGACAUUAGUUGGUAUUCAUACACUGAUUGAUUGUGCCACUGGCCGACCUGAAGAACCAAUUCGAACUGUAGACUGGGAAGGAAAAGUUGCCCUAAUUAAAUGUGCCAAGGCAAUGGGAAUACAGAAGUUUGUCUUCUUUUCAAUACAUAAUUGUGAUAAACAUCCAGAGGUACCAUUGAUGGAGAUAAAGCGGUGCACUGAGAAAUACCUUCAAGAAUCAGGCUUAAAUUAUACUGUCAUCCGUUUAUGUGGUUUUAUGCAGGGUUUGAUUGGGCAGUAUGCAGUGCCCAUUUUAGAGGAUAAGGCAGUCUGGGGAACUGAUGCACCUACCCGGAUAGCUUACAUGGAUACCCAGGAUAUAGCUAGAAUGACAUUCAUGGCUCUUCGUAAUGAAAAGACAAACAAUAAGUUCUUGACAUUUGCUGGACCUCGUGCUUGGACCACUUCAGAGGUUAUUAGUUUAUGUGAGAGACUUGCAGGCCAGGAUGCAAGAGUCACAACUGUACCAGUUGGAGUGCUGAGGUUCACUCGCCAAUUGACCCGAUUUUUCCAAUGGACAAAUGAUGUUGCUGACAGACUGGCAUUUUCAGAGGUUCUUUCAAGUGAUGUGGUUUUCUCUACUCCAAUGGCAGAAACACAUUCUCUUUUGGGAACAGAUCCAAAAGAUACGAUUACCUUGGAAAAGUAUCUGCAAGAGUAUUUUACGAACAUCUUGAAGAAACUAAAAGAUCUAAAAGCUCAAUCAAAACAAGGAGACUUUUACAUCUAAAUUUUUGUAGCAUUCCAUUGGGUAAUGAUGUAAAGUUAUCACUAUUAUCUCAUCUGUAACUCACUACCUACUUUAGGCUAUUCCAAUUUGAUUUCUCCCUUGCCUUCCAUGGCAUGAUGUUGAAGCAUAGCAUAGUUCUCAUGUGCAAAAUGGCUAUGGUUCGAAAAUAAUUGUCAAAGUGAAACUUGUUGGAAAUUAUGGUUAAUUAUUUGUAAUUAAGUCAUUUUAGUGGCUUAAUAUUAGUAAUUGAAAUAUUUAGUUAGCUUUGUGAUAGCUGAGGGUUAGUUUUCCAAUGAUAGUUUAUUAGGGAAAAAUGUGAGGGGAUGCAAUGUUCUUAUAAGCAUUUGCACUUUGUUUGUAAAGGUAUUUUUAUUUUGGAUGAGUAAUAAUAUUAUUUAUAUAUUUUGUUGUUA